AGGGCCACAUCACAUGAAGCAAUGUGGGAAAUUCACUUUGUGUAACAUAAUUUGUUGGGUUUCUGCGCCAUUCUUCAUGGACCUAACGAAACUCAAUUGUUGAAUCCAGAUUUUUCUUUUGAUGCAAACAAUAAAAACGAAAUGGGAUGCAGAGAACCAUUGUUGGACUUGGAUCCAUUGUUCACUGCUGCGCAAGUGCAGUUUGUGAUUGUAAGGACAUUGAAGGGGGUGAAGAUGUAAGAAACCUUACAUGGGUUGAAGAUUCAUGGUUUUCUGGGUGCUGAUCCAUUCUUCAAGACCUCCCCUUCAAUAUAAAUGCUGUUGGCACGGGCAAAUGUAUCUCGUUCAAGCUUGCCUUCUAUCAACUCCGGUGGCAGAUCAGAGUGCAGAUUCAUGGGUUACCCUAUCUUCCUCUUGUAUUAUGGCUGAUGACACCCAGGAUCCACAUUCAGACUUUUCCAAGAACAUUGUUCUUGACAAUGUGUUCUCCAUCAUUGGUCCUCCCUUCCUUGCUCUCACAGCCUUUCUCUGGCCACAAAAAUAGGUUUUGGAUUUGCUGUUCUACUCUCUGGCUGCACUUCUGAUGGGUAUUGAUUCAUAACGAUGUAAUCAUUCAGAUUGCAGAUAGAAAAAUUGAAUACAGAAUAGAUGGCAAGUGGAAAUGACCUUUCUAAGUACUUUAGAUAAACAUGUGCCGUGGAGUAACAAUUUCAUUUCAUUAUUUCCUUAUGGCAAUUUACAAACUUCUCUUCACUGACUCUUAAGUACAGAUUAUACACUAAUUAACUGGUAAAGCAAAAUCCCUACUGGAGAGAAUUAUAAAAUAAAAUUAAUACUACAGAUAUACCAAUGAUGACAGGAAAAGCCGUGACCAAGUACAGUGCUCCAUAACCCUGCAAAAGAAUUCACUCUGUUUGUAAAGAUCUUACUAGUUAGCUAAUGUUGAACCUGAAUUUCAAAAUGUUGGACUCUGAAUCAAUUCAAGAAAUGCACUUUAUUAUU